AUGCUGCUCGCUGACGGCUGCAGCUCCGUGACCCGGGAGAGGAGACGAACGGAGCUCCGUCACCGACAGCCGCGGGAGCCCACAUCCCCGCCAGCCAGCCCCGCCACCGCCACAGCUCCAACAGGCAGCGCGAGCCCCGAGACUCUCUCUCCCUUGGUGAGGAAGAUUGUCGUCAAGGUGGCUCGCAUACCUGUCAGCCUGAGCCGCAGACAGAAAAGCUACAAGAUUUCCAAUUUGGAGACUUUUACAGGGACAGAAAAACGCAAUGAUGGCAGCGGGGACGACCACCGAAACAGCCUGUGCCAGGAAUACCGGGAGAGCUUCCAAAUGCCGGGAAUGCUGGCGGUAAUGGAGACCAGCCCAAGAAGCCCCAGAGCCCCCCGCCACUGGCCGCUGCUCUCCCCCACGCUGCUGGACACCCACUCCCCCCAUCCCGCCUCUUUUGGCCACUACUCAUCUGGCUACUCCUCCUCUUCUCCGGCAGUGCCACAGAGAUCCUCAGAUUGCAGCUUUGCAUAUGGAUCUGGACACAGCAGUGUUAAGGCCUCCACUGUUGGUCAAAUGGGUUAUUCGAGCUACCAGGCAGCGGCCAGGCGAGGCUUUGGUGGAUAUCCUGCAGCAGGUCAUUCCUCCAUGCUGCGGGGGGAGUCGACAGGACCCACAUCACCAGGAGGAGGAUACAUGUCUGUGGCCAAAAGUAGCCCCUUCAGCUCCUCUCCAGAAGGUUACAAACAGUACAACACCAAUCAGUGGAGCUACAGACAAGGUUACGGUGGCUGGCCAACAGACGGCUUUGGGCCUCAGUAUCACGGCUACAGUGAGUAUGGCUCCAGUGAGUCCAAAGACAUCUUGGAUAUCUCCAACUACACCCCCCAGAAGGCCAAGCGUCAACCUUUUCCUGAAAGUCUCUCAGAAUCCUCCUCUGACUCCUCACAUCUCGGCUCUGCAGCCACUGGUAGUGGACCCAGCUCCACAUGUGGCACCUACAAAUUGAAUGAAGCUGCUUCUGGCGCGGGAACGAGCAAACCCGGCCGAGGUCGAAGGAAACGGACGGAGACACAAGUGGAAAAAGAAGGUGGCUCUGCUUUACAAUCUGAUUCCCCAUCUAGCCCCUCCCCAACGCCUACAGCUGGACCUAAGCGGGGAGGGGUUGGAGGACGGGGCCGAGGGUCUAGAGGAGGCAGAGGAAGUUUAUCUCCAUGCCAGAGAGAGAGGCCUUCAGGGGCCAAAGGCAGGGGCAAGGCUGCCUCUUCAUCUGGAGCCGUGAGUGCUGGAGGUCCAGAGGGGUCUGGGCUGUUCCAGGAGGGGUUGGACUAUUACAGUGGAGACAGUAGUAGCCUCUCUCCCCUGGCCACUCCCAAUCCUGCACCACCUUCCAGCUACCUCCAGGACCCCUGUGAGUACCCUUCCCCUUACACUGCCCACCCCUCCACACCUUCCUCUGAGGAGCGAUAUCCAGCCUUAUACCCUGGAGAAUCCUCCUCCUCCCUCUCACCAAGUGUCUCAUCUCCCCCGUACCCUCCCAAGCCCACCCCUCCUCCACCCCAGUCUUACCACCCCGUCCCCUCCAGGACAUUCUCCCCCUCCUGCUCUCCCUCACCACGGAUAACACCGCUCUGCGCCACAGCACUGAGUCCCUCACAUCGCCCUCCUCCAAAAGACCCACAGUUCUCACAGUAUGACUCUCCCAGCUACUGCAGCUCUCCCUAUUGGUACGGACAGACAUCGCACAGCGGCAGCCCCAGCCCGCACACCCACAGCACACACUCAAACCCAGCCGCGCACACACACAGCAACCCGCACACGAGUCCUCAUGGAAACACACACGGAAAUCCGCUCGCUGGCCCAAAUGCGAAUACCCACACACACAUGAUACCGACCCUCCAUGACACACACCAUCACAACACACAGCCGCACACCAACACCCAUCCCACCUCACUGCUCCAGAGUAACCUCCUCUCCCACUCCAACCCCCACACCAACAAUCAGCCCCACCACAAUACACACACCAACCCCAACUCUCACCUAGCCGCCCACACACACUCCAACCCCGGUAACAGCCUCCACUCCCACUCAACACCUGUGCUUUAUGAGGAGUGCAGCCCUCCCUCGACCUUGCCCCCCCACAAGCGGGAUCUGACCCCCCACAGUAUGAGCACAGGCCACCGCCAGGGCCCCUUGCCUCACUCCCCAUACCCCAAACCUCCCCUGGAUUCCUCGCCCCAUCAGGAGGACACUGGUGGCUACUCCUUGUCCCACCAAUCCUACCAGGGCAUUGGACACCGCUACCCCUCCCAAGCGGCUCAGGGAGGCGGGGUCCUGUGCCAGCUCCUGGACACAGCCAAUGACGACAGCUUCAGCGUCACCAGCCUGUAACAGCAGGUGCACUCAAUACAAGCUUUUACAGAUCUUCAAACAUUUUUUCUUCUUUUUUUGUUAAGGAGACUUCUUUGUGUAGAGUUUGUGAAAUGAAGGGUGAGAAUUUAGCUUCCAGCUAUGGACAGUGAAGCUUUAAUUCUCCAGCAUUGACAAUCAAUAUCAAAUGCAAUUUAAACACCCGAGCAUGCACACACACACACACACACACACAGAAACAGACACACACAAACACAGACACGCAUGUGCAGAUUAAUACACUACCUAUACAUGGGCAAUCCAACAUGUGAACACUCACUCACACUCUCUGCUGGAACGAGGGCAUGGCCAAGAGGAGCUGACUGAAUACCAGACGCUGAUGGACAGAGACAAACCUAUUUCCUCGCCCCUUCAAGUCCUGCUUUGAUACACAGAGGACUCCAUUUCCCAGAAGUCUGUAUGUCGCCAAACCUUUCUGGUCCUGUUCUGUACAUCUGCAAUAUGGACGAUCACACAACUCUCUUUCUCUUUCUUUCAUCUGUUUGCUUUCAACCUCCCAUCCUCUGCUAAACCAGCAACUGUGUUCUGCACUCAACCGUCACUCACCCUGCAUUUCUGUCUUGUGCCCGAACGUGAACCGCAUCUGAGCCUGAAUCAACUUUUUAAAUACCAUGAGCCUAGCAAAUGUCCCGCUCUGUGCACUCCUUGUGUUGUGUCCCAUUAGAGAAAAGUGGACUGAACCAGUUUCUGCUCUUGAAAUACCAGCAUCUGUACAUAUGACUCCAGCUCCAAGCCAGAAGCUCCCUCUUCAUUUUGAGGGUCCGUCAUCAACAUGCUCUCCUCAGCGUUCUGCCAUGUUUACUCUGCUCUGGGGGGAGAGCGGACUGCAGCAUGGAGACCCAACAUCCUGUGUUUUAAUGUUUUAACUACAAGGGAAAGAGACAUUGAAAUCACACAGUGGCCCCAAAGAGACUCUCGUUUUCUGUGUGCGAAUGUGAGACAGAGGACGCUGUGUUUGUGUGACUGCAGUAAUGCAUGUACUUGUGUGUAUGCGUGCAUUUAUGUGAGUGUGAGUGUGUGUGUGUGUGUGUGUGUGCCUAUGGGGUCAAAAGGAGUGAAGCUCCCCAGACACCAAAGUCUUGGCAGGGUCUCAUUCUUUCUUUCACUCUCUCCCUUCUUUUUUCUGUGGUCUUGUGUUGUUUUGUGGUUUUUGUGAUGAAAAAAAUUGUAUAUCUGUCUGUUACAUAUCAUGUAUGUAUCUGAGGUGCAAAAUAUUUAAAUACACAUUCUGUUCUUGCCAUUGGUAA